AUGGGUGAGAGACUCAAACAUCUAUUUAAAAAUCUUUUCAAAUUAAACAAAAAGAAAAAACUUGAUAAUACCGAAGUUGCAGCUAUUACUGAUACUAAUCAUCAGGAAAGAGCAGAAGCAAAGGCCGAGGAACCUUCAGGAGCAAAGAUUUCAAAACUCCAAAAACUCGGCAGAAGGAUCUCCAGCAUCUUUAGAUGUAGUAAGAGGGAUUCUAGCUGCAGUAAAAUUGUAGCCCAACCCAUUGUCCCAGGACAAUGUGGUUCUUCAGAGGCUACACGCAAACUGUAUGAGGAACACAUACAGGAUACAGAGAGACAGACAAGAGAGAAAGAAGUGAGUGUAAGAAGGAAAACUCUAGAUGAAGAAGCUCAAGAAGAAGCAAAGAUAUUUGAGAUGCAGCAGAGACUGCGAAAUCUAGAGAAAGAGAGAUGGAAAAUUCUUGAGGAAGAUUUCCAAAAGCAAGCCAAGAUGGAGGCUAUGCAACAUAAACUGAGACAUGUGCUACUUAAGGAAAGAAUAAAAGUUCUAGAGAAACAAACUGAAGAGGUAGCCAAUACUCAGAUAAUGAAGCGCAAACUGAAAAAUGUGCUAAUUUGGGAAAAAAUCAAAAUUGAAAAUAAAGAAGCCCAAAAAGAAGCCCAUGGAUUAAUAAUGAAGCGCAAACUGAAUAAUGUGCUUAUUUGGGAAAAAUUCAAAAUACAGAAUAAAGAAACCCAAAAAGAAGCCCAUGGAUUAAUAAUGAAGCGCAAACUGAACAAUGUGCUUAUUUGGGAAAAAUUCAAAAUACAGAAGAAAGAAGAACAAAUGAAAUCCAAGAGACGGAUAUUGAAGAGUGAAAAGGAAAAUAUAUUAUUAUAUGAAAGAAUUUUAGAGAAAGAAGUCCUGGAAAAGGACCCUCAGAGCAUGGCAGCUUCUCCCAUCUCUUCUCCAGAAGCAGAUGGGGAGUCAGUAGGCAGCCAAAGGGCUGAGGCAGGAAGCCGUUACAUUAGUAACAGCUUUGAAAAGAAGAUAGAGAAGGCAGAUCGUAAGCAAUAUUUAUCUGACUUGUUUGUUCCUUACACACAUACACAGUAACAGUUCCAGGCUGGAGUC